AUGGCGCUCGGACUGGGUGUGCUGAUCGCCCUUGUCGCUUCCGCUCUUGCAGCAGUUCCGCUAAAGCGGACGUUCGCCCCGUCGGUGGCCGCCGAGGAAUCCUUCGGAAAUAUGCGAAACCUAAUGGAAGUGGGGAAACGGCAGCUGAGCAUGGCCGGCGACACGAACGCUCAAUGGCAGAACUAUGCCCGGCUUUACGAUAUCGGCAAGAAGCGCAGCUAUUAUUCACCCUCGGAAGAGCUGGGGAUCUACUCGCAACUGUACGAGGUCGGGAAGAAGCGCUCGGCCGCCUUCGCCCCAUCCCAAGAAUUCCAGACCGACAUUUACAACCGACUUUUUGAAGUUGGGAAGCGAUCGGCGCCGGAAACCGAGAGCCACGACGCCGAAAAGCGGAUGAACCUGGCGCCAUCGCAGGAAUUGGGGAUGUACUCGACCCUGUACGACAUUGGAAAG